GCACAGCCCCAGAGCCGGCGGAGCCCAGGGGCUGGCGACCUGCAUGCCACAGUGGCUGCCCUUUGCGUGCUGCGGGGUAGGGGACCCUGGGCAGGAAGCUGGCUGAGCCCCAAGACCCCGGGGGCCAUGGGCGGGGAGCUGGUGCCUGGCCUGGGGGCCCUGCGGCGGCGAAAGCGCCUGCUGGAGCAGGAGAAGUGGCUGGCGGGCUGGGCGCUGGCGCUGGCGGGAAUUGGCAUCGGGCUCAUGGUGCUGCACGCCGAGAUGCUGUGGUUUGGGGGCUGCCCGUGGGCCCUCUACCUCUUCCUGGUGAAGUGCAUGAUCAGCGGGUCCACCUUCCUGCUCCUGUGCCUCAUCGUGGCCUUUCACGCCAAAGAGGUCCAGCUGUUCAUGACGGACAACGCGCUCCGCGACUGGCGCGUGGCGCUCACCGGGCGGCAGGCGGCGCAGAUCCUGCUGGAGCUGGCGGUGUGCGGGCUGCACCCGGCCCCCGUGCGGGGCCCGCCGUGCGCGCAGGGCUCCGCGACGCCGGCCUGGCCGGGCUUCCUGGACCAGGGAGAGGCGCUGCUGUCGCUGGCGAUGCUGCUGCGCCUGUACCUGGUGCCCCGCGCCGUGCUCCUGCGCAGCGGCGUGCUGCUCAACGCGUCCUACCGCAGCAUCGGCGCUCUCAACCAGGUCCGCUUCCGCCACUGGUUCGUGGCCAAGCUGUACAUGAACACGCACCCGGGCCGCCUGCUGCUGGGCCUCACGCUUGGCCUCUGGCUCACCACCGCCUGGGUUCUGUCCGUGGCUGAGAGGCAGGCUGUGAACGCCACAGGGCACCUCUCAGACACGCUGUGGCUCAUCCCCAUCACGUUCCUGACCAUCGGCUACGGGGACGUGGUGCCGGGCACCAUGUGGGGCAAGAUCGUGUGUCUGUGCACCGGAGUCAUGGGGGUGUGCUGCACAGCGCUGCUGGUGGCCGUGGUGGCCCGGAAGCUGGAGUUCAACAAGGCCGAGAAACACGUGCACAACUUCAUGAUGGACAUCCAGUACGCCAAGGAGAUGAAGGAGUCAGCAGCUCGCGUGCUGCAGGAGGCCUGGAUGUACUACAAGCACACGCGCAGGAAGGACUCGGGGGCCACCCGCCGGCACCAGCGCAGGCUGCUGGCCGCCAUCCACACGUUCCGCCAGGUGCGGCUAAAACACCGGAAGCUCAGGGAACAGGUGAACUCCAUGGUGGACAUCUCCAAGAUGCACAUGAUCCUGAGUGACCUGCAGCUGGGCCUCAGCAGCUCGCACCAGGCUCUGGAGAAGAGGAUCGACGCGCUGGCCGGGAAGCUGGACACCCUCGCCGAGCUGCUCAGCGCCGCCCUGGGGCCACAGCAGUUGCCAGCACCCAGCCAGGAGGCCACGUAGCGGGACCCACGGAGGAAGAUCCAGGCUACUUCCCUAGGACAGGGGUCAGGACGUCCUUCCCGCCACUCCUGCCCCGGCACAGAGAGAAAAGCGCGAGACCCCGAGGGGGCCCCGCCCCAGGGUGGGCUGCCCGAGUGGACCCUGGCUGAAGGGGGCACGCCUCGGCCCACCCGAGGCCCCAUGUGGGAACGUGGCCACCACCACCCAACUUCCUACUGGACAGGACCUCGGCUUCGGUUAGAAGUGGAGCUGCCGGGCAGCUUCGGCCUCGGCUGGGUGGUGGAACCGAAGGAGCUGGGUCUGAGGCCCGGGAGGGGCCGGACGCGGCGCCCCCUGGUGGGACAGCAAGGAGGACACCCGUUUUCCAACGCUGCAGGGACGACCUGGUGGGGAGGAGGGAGAGCAACUCACCAGUCUCUGCUUCUGGUCUGCAAUAAACCCUGAACAA